AUGAUUGAACUUUCCAAUUCAUCAUCACUCCAAAUGGCGACGACGAUGAGAGAGCUCUCGAAUGUCAUCAGAGAUGAUGAUGAUGAUGAAGUAUGGGUCACACACUACUCAUCGAACCAUCAAAUGCUUCUCGUCGGCGAAGGAGAUUUCUCAUUUUCCUGCAGUUUAGCCACUCGCUUCGGCUCCGCUUCCAAUAUCAUCGCUUCCUCUCUCGAUUCAUACGAUGAUGUGGUUAGAAAGUACAAGAAUGCGAGAUCAAACCUUGAAACUUUGAAGCGACUUGGAGCAAUCCUUUUACAUGGAGUCGAUGCAACAAGGCUGCAACUACAUCCUGAUCUUAAUCGCAGAAGAUAUGACCGAGUCAUCUUCAACUUCCCGCACGCCGGUUUCCACAGCAAAGAAUCUGAUCCCUAUCUUAUACAGAAGCAUAGGAAUCUAGUGUUUGGAUUUUUCCAUGGUGCAAGCCGUAUGCUAAGGGCUGAUGGACAAGUACAUGUAUCACACAAGAACAAGGCACCUUUUUGUGACUGGAAUCUCGAGGAGCUCGCUAGCAAAUGCUCUCUUGUGUUGGUUCAGUGUGCUGCGUUCGAGAAGAGCAUGUACCCUGGUUAUGAGAACAAGAGAGGAGAUGGCUCCAGAUGUGACCAGCCUUUCCUUUUGGGAGAGUGCACUACUUUCAAGUUCAGAGUCUCUCGCGUGGCUAAGGAGCUUUAUGCGGAGAAGCUGAAAUCAAAGUUUCUUUCAAACAAGCAUCCACUCUCUUUUGAUCUUGAAAGAUCGCUCUCCUUUGAAGGUGUUAGCCAAAGACCGCCGGUUUCAUUUGAUCUCAGCUUUCACCAUGACCAUAACCUUAGGCAACUCCAAGAUCAUUUGUUCCAAUCAAGACAGAGAACAUCUCCACUGGAUCUUGGUUAUUACCAAGAACAUAGAUUUUCACAAUUUGAAGAUGCUAGCUCUAUUCGAGCAACUCAAAGACCAGCGUCGGUUGCUCAUGAAAAAAACCAUGCCUGGUUUCAAGACAACUCAGUACAGCUGGAGAUGCUCAGAUACACUGAAAGAAGCAGCUCUCAGUUUCACGACUUUCCUUUGCAAGCUAGCCAUCAUCGCCACGAACGUUUCCUUGAAUGCUCAAGCCGCUACAACGAGGCUUCGCCUGAUAUUUAUAACACGGGGAUACAAAGUAUGCUAACACGGACGAGCUUUCCUCAUCCAUACACUGGAGAAUCACCAGAAAGACGCCGCCUGCUUUGUCAAGACUUUAAGCUUCAAGCUGGUCAAGAACCAAUCUACGGACGCUCUAACUACUUCAGCGAAGGUACUCGUGAGAUUUAUAACGGGGACGGACGAAGAAUGUUAACACAUACCAGCUUUCCUCAUCGGUACAUUGAAGAAUCACAAGAACGAGGCUUGGCUAACCCUCUCAACAUUUACCCUCCACACCACUGUUGGCUAAGUACUGACAGCUCAAAACUGGAGAUGAUCUCAGUUAUGGAUAUAUGA